AUGAGGAUACUUGUGGUGUUUGUCUUGUCCGUGUUGGGCUGCCAUACAGCUGAAGGACUAAACGUUACCAAAUGUGAUUUACUGAAGGCGUUUGAGAGGGUAGAUCUGAGUCAGAACAUAGCAGCCAAGGUCUACUCUCCCCUGCCUUCAGUUAUCUGUCACGCUGAGAAGGAGUCAGGUUUGAACACCAGAGCUCUGAAUCAGCUGACUCCCCCAGAUAAGGAAGUCCCAACAACGCUCUACGGACUGUUCCAGCUCAGCAACCGUGUGGUCUGCAGCGACGGCACGUCCUCCACACUCGACAUCUGUGGGAUGGCGUGCAAAGACUUGGUGGAUGACAACAUCGACGACGACAUCGACUGCGUGUUAAAGAUCCUAAAAACUCUUCUUGACAGUAAAGACAUAUGGGGAGUGCCCCAGGAGCUUCAAGAAAUGAUCAAGGAAAUCUUUCGGAUGAAGUGCAGAGUUAGAGAAGCCAACUACUUCUCUGAAUGUAAUGAAGUGCCAAAACUAUCACAGGACGGAUUGUCCUUCUCUCACAUGAGCGGUGAUUUAUGACCAUAACAAAGUGAAGCA